GGAGCCGGAGAAGAUGGCGGCGGGGCUGCGCGGCCUGCGCGGGCUGUGCGCGGUCACACUGUUCCUCUCCCAGCUCUACGUCCUCUCCGGACGCGCAGGGUCUUUGAUGACCACAAAGCAUUCACAGCCACAGUCUACAUUUGCAAAAAGUCUGACUUCAACAAGUACAAAUACUCCUUAUUUUAAAGCAGCAGAAAGUACAGAAAUUCCAUCUUACGUGACUAAAUGUCCUAGCAACGGGCUUUGCAGUAGAUUGCCACCAGACUGUAUGACAUGUAACACAAACUAUUCCUGUAUAUAUGGGAAGCCAGCCACUUUUGAUUGCCAAGUCAAGCCACACGUUCAUUGUGUUGAUCAGAAUAACCAUGAGCAGGAGAACUUUACCAUUAACAUGACAUGCCAGUUUUGCUGGCAGCUUCCAACAACUGAUUAUGUGUGUACUAACUCUACAAGCUGCAUGACGGUUUCUUGUCCGCGACAACGAUACAACGCCACGUGCACAGUCCGGGAUCACAUUCAUUGCCUGGGUAAUCGUGUCUUUCCUAAGAUGCUCUAUUGCAACUGGACUGGAGGUUAUAAGUGGUCUACUGCCUUGGCACUAAGCAUCACUCUUGGUGGAUUUGGUGCCGAUCGCUUCUAUUUGGGUCAGUGGCGGGAAGGUUUGGGAAAACUCUUCAGCUUUGGAGGACUUGGAAUAUGGACACUGAUUGAUGUGCUAUUAAUAGGUGUUGGCUAUGUGGGGCCUGCAGAUGGUUCCCUGUAUAUUUAAAUGUGGGUGCAACAUGUUUCAGAGAGGUGUAAUUGCUUGGAAAGGGCUCUAAAUUAAAAAAAGAGGGAUGCGAGUUGUUACGGUAGAAUGAAGAACAGCUGUUCUUUCUCUGUGCAUACAUUUUAAUGUACAGUAUCUGUACUUAGGUUGCCUUGAACUAAGGUAAAAUAAAAGAGUGGAUCACUGAGUAAGUUGAAAUUAAUUUUCUUCUGUGGACAUGCUAUUUUUCUAUGAAAAAAAAAAAAGUUGAACAGCUAACCAAAUUCUGCACUGUGCUUGAACUUGUAUGCUGUCAGGCACCCAGAGAAAUGCAAUCUUACUUGAAUAUUGAGGUAUUUACUUCAUCUUUGUAUGCUUGAAUUUAAAUUUAAAGCUAACUUCCCUAAAUAUGUCAGUAGUAUACUUUUUUGUGUUUGUGGGAGGAUGACUUACUUACCUGAGUUACACUGGCAGUAUGUAGAUCACCACAGUUUAUGAUGUGAAUUACAUUCAGCUCUGUGUUGGGAUCUAGCAAGAGCUAACAUUUGCUUAGUGGCUUGUUGACUUAAAAUGUUGGUGUUUUUAGAAUUAGAUUGCAGUAACACUAAAAGCUAAAUAUUAAAUAAUUGAAGUAGAUCUUGUUUGACCUGCCUAUCGGUGAAAGGCACAACUCAUAUUCAUGUGCUAGCAAGUCUUGCCAAGUUAAUUUGAAAAAAGAGUUGGCAAUAUAAUCGAUGUGUUUAUGCACUUCAGACUUCAUAACAAGAUCAUGUAGCGAACUCCAGUGCCAUUACAGAAGAAGAACUUAGUUUGGUUCGCUGACAUUCCCGAAGCUGGCUGCCGCUGCUCGCCCAGCCCUGCGGCCGCGCCCUGCCCCUUCCUCGGGACUUGAACUGUCGCAGCACGGAGGGGCGGUAACUCUGAAAAUCCUGUCACUUGAAUAAACUUGAAGCUUUUAUGGAAUUCAA